ACAAAGUAUGAGAGCCUUGAAGAUAUGUGCUCCUUAUAUGGCCAUGGUGGUGGUACAGGUUGGUUAUGCUGGAUUCAACAUUCUCAUGAAGAUUGCUCUCAAUAAAGGACUCAGUCAAUUAGUCUUUAUAGUGUACAGACACUUGAUUUCCAUGCUCUUGUUAGGCCCUUUAGCCUAUUUCCUUGAGAGGAAACAACGCCCAUCUCUUUCUAUUCCUAUAAUGAUAAAGGUUUUCUUCCUAUCAACAUUUGGGACUACUAUUUGUCUCAAUGUCUUCUAUGCUGGCCUUAAUUACACUUCCCCAACUGUUGCGAGUGCUUUAGGUAAUGUAACCCCAGGUUUCACAUUUGUUAUGGCACUUCUGCUCAGGUUGGAGAAAUUGAGGAUCAAGAGUGCUAAGGGGAGAGCUAAGGUCUAUGGUACAUUGAUUUGUAUUGGUGGGGCCAUGGUUUUUAUAUUUUGGAAAGGAGGGUACCACUUCAAAAGCUUGACUAGAAGUCCAUUGAUCGACAUUGAUGGAACCAGCGGUUCUGUUCAUGGGUCAAUAAGGCACCACAAAGAGGACUGGAUCAAAGGUUCACUUCUUAUUCUCAUCAGCUUUAUUGCCUGGAGUGCAUGGCUCAUACUACAGUCACUGGUCUCUGAUGUCUAUCCAGCCCCGUUAUCAUUGAACACUUUGGUUUGUUUCUUUGCUUCGUUGCAAUCUUCUGUUCUUGCUCUAUUCUUGGAUAGGAAACCAACGUCGUGGAGAGUGGAGUGGAAUGUCCAGCUCUUGAUCAUCAUCUAUUCAGGAAUUGUCAACUCAGCCUUAGGGUACUACCUACAAACAUGGUGUAUCAAAGAGAAAGGACCAGUUUUUGCAGCUAUGUUUUUUCCCUUGCAGCUGGUGAUUGUCGGUAUAUUCUCAGCAAUUGUCUUUGCUGAGCGGCUUCACUUGGGAAGCUUGAUCGGUGCAUUCCUCAUUGUUGUGGGCCUUUAUACCGUAUUAUGGGGCAAAAGCACAAACAGUUACAGUGAAGGGAAGGUUGGGAACGAUGAUAAAAGUUCUUUGGAUGAUCAUCAGACACUUGAGAUCUCCUUAGCUAAUCAACCCUUAUGCCUGACCAUCCCAACCACAACUGAGAAGAACUGACCUGUUUUUUGUGUUCUACUUCUAGGAGCUUGUCAUACACUGACUCGAUCAUUACAUGGUACAUGCAUUAAGCAAAUGCGUUCUAUAAUUUGAAAGUAAAAAA